CGUGAUUGUCGAUGGCCUAGAAGGAGCGACGAGGGACACACACUUAUCGGACGAAUUAAUUCUAAUGUAGAUCGUGUGAGGACGGUGUUAUUACUAAUAUUGACGCCGUGGCUCCCGGCCGCGCUACUUGCCGCUCGGCUCCGACUCGGCUCCGCAGUGCCAACCCGUACAUGCGCACAGUCGCACAUAUCAAUGCACUGUUUUCCUUUUAAAAACAUCGCGAUAUACCUACGAAUCGUACACAUUCUUCACCGUUCAAAAACAACGUAAUGCGAACUCCUUGCAAACGUUUUUAUUAGUGUGCUAGUGGUAUCUUGAUACACCGCCGCCGGUCGUUACCGAGACUUGAAUCCCGAACCGUUUCCAGAAAGAUGAAGUUGCCCAAAUUGGAUAUGUCCAUGCAAAAGUCAUGCAAGCCAGCGAUGCUGGGUCGCAUGUGGCAGGCGAGCCGGCGCGCGCUGAACCUCGAGCAUGCGCCUGCGCACCAGUUCGCCUGCAGCCAAUGGCAGUCUAGUCCACACCCCUCCACUACAUAUCUAAUAUACAGAUGGCUACUUUUCAUCUCGGUGAUAUCGACUGGUAUUGCGAGCUUCGCGUGCCAGCGUCUGCCGAGGCUCUACGAUGGACCUAUAACGGAGCUGAACUACAUGAAGUGGUUCAUCUACUUCACCAACUGGGGGUACCUGCUCAUCGCACUGCAGUCAGCACUCGCCCUAGCCGUUGUAAUCAGAUAUAGAUCACAAAAAUGCAAUUCUACAUACGAAGAGGAUGAGAUCCCGAUUCCUCUGGGGCGGCGCGUGCGCACCCCGCUGCUGUGUCGCGCCUAUUGGCUGUCACAUAACAUCGCCACCGACCUCGCAUUCGUCAUCUCACUCGUCUACUGGACUCUGGUCCAUGAUCCUAAAAUCCACGAGGUCAACACCCUCAACGUAUUAGUCCACGGUGGUAACUCGUUGGUGAUGGUGAUCGAGCUGAUGGUGACGUCACAUCCCGUGCGGGCUGCGCAUGCGCUGUACAGUGCUGGCGCGGGACUCGCGUACGGUGUCUUCAGUGCCUUCUACUGGGCUGUUGGUGGUACUGACAGGAUUGGAUUACCAGCUAUCUACCCAGCUCUGGACUGGAAUAAACCUGGAUCAGCAUUUGGGUUCGUGUCGCUGUGCGCGGUGGUGAUGGUGUGUGCGCACGCGCUGGCGACGGUGGUGGCGGCGGGUCGCGCGCGGCUGGCACAGCGCCUGCGCGCGCGCCCCCACGCAGACCGACUCGCGCUGCCCACGCACUGAUCUCACGGGAAACUGCUCUAGCAUCUCUCGUUACCUCUUGGCCCACGCCGAGACUUCAAAAGGACUUCUAAGAAAGUGCAGCGUAAACAGAAACAAAGAUGGCGUCGAUCAAUCAUCUCAAACGCAGUUUACGGACAUUUUCAAUAACUUUGCUAGAUGAAUUGACCACGGAUUUGCUUCAAUUUCGUCUAUAUUCGCACUUCUAUCAUUCAAUAUCAAUAGUGCACAAUCAUUUUUAUGACCACUCUGAUGUUUUAGUUUACGGAUCGAAACUAAGGACUAUUAUGUCUUAUACUAGUAUUUCAUCAAAAAUGAAGGAAAUCUGCGGGUCUGUAAUAAAAACAAGAGGUAACAAACUAAACAUGAGUGGCAAUGGACUUUUUAAAUAUAAGACGGUGUUUGAGUAGUUUUCGUGUCAAUUUACAAGUUUAUAAAUGUAAGUAUUUGGUUGUCGUGUCGUUAGAGACAUGUGCGUGGAGUUGGUAAACAAUCCUGUAGUUUUGUAAACGAUGAGCAUAAUAUUAUUUGUAUCAUCAUUCCCAAAACAUUUAGGCUUAAGUGAAUAAUCUUAUGGCUGUAAAGAAGCCCUUUGUCUCAAGAACUUUGAUAGUGCUUGCUCAGUGACAACAUUCCUCCCUUAAAUAUCUUUUUAAAUCUGCUAAAUUAUCCGCUAUUUUGAGAAAAUUUUGUUUGUUACAUGGAAAUUAACAGCAAAUAUGUGUAUGUCAGUAUAAAGUCUAUGCGUAUAUGUACAGGGGCUUUAGUACGAGAUCGAAACGGGACCGCGUUCGGCGCUGUGAUUGGUUGGUUCAUUGCGGCCGGCCAAUCAAAGCGCCAAACUCGCUCACUGAACGAAAACAAAACGAGACCGCGUUCGGCGCUCUGAUUGGUUGGUUCAUUGUGGCCGGCCAAUCAGAAUUUUCGUUUCGUUUUCGUUCAACAUAAAGCAAACUCGUACUCGACUACAGAUAGACGAAAGUACAUAAUGGUAAUGACUUGGAAUUGAACUUCAAAUACAGCACAUAUAACGCGUUCGUCUCAGAAAACAGUAUAUUCUGAAGCAAGAGAUAAAUCGGGAAUUAAGCCAGAGCCAGAGCCAGAUUUGACUGCAAACUCUGUUCUGAAACAGUACUAUAAAAUGGCGUAAAGUGGUUUUACACUUUUGAGAAUUAACCUAAAUAUGUGCAUCUAUAUCUACAUGGACAAAAGCCUUAGAUUUUGAAAAAAUAUGCAAGUAUUUGGAAAUGAUACAGCACAAAAAUUUGGGUAGAAAUAUGGUACCAGGUUAGUGUUAUUAGCAAUGAUCGGAUAUUAUUAUUCGGAUACAUAUUUGCCUAAAGUUAAAGUGUUGGUUAAUAUGGAAUGCACUUUCCAUAUUAACCAACACUUGAAAAAAAUCCCGGAAUUUCGGAUUCAUCAAAUUUAGUUUUUUACUAUAGAAUCAAAUCGGGUGUAGGAAUAUUUACUUAGUGUGUUGGAUAAUAUUAUGGAAUGCACUUUUGUGUCGAAAAAAUCUAAAUUUACUGUAUUUAUUAUAGAUUUCUUCAACAUGUAAUAGGAUUUAUAUUGCAAGAAAAUAUGUUUUAAGAAGCCGCUUCCAUAAUAAUCUAACCAAAAAGGAACUUUAGGCAAAUAUGCAUCCGAAUAUCCGAUCACUGGUUAUUAGGUACAUAAUAUAUUAUGUAGAAGUUGCAGCUAAAUAAAUGGAAUGAGUAAGCAAUGAUAUAUCUACUCAUAGUAGAGUACGCAACACAAGUAUUACCAUAGCGUUUGUGAGAACAUCUAGCGAAUUAAUAGUUUAUAUUGCAUGUAUUGAAAUGGGGGACUUACAAAGCAUUCCUAUUUUUCCCAAAGAAAUAGCUUUUUAGAUGUAAGUCAUGUAUUACCUAUCAUUUAUAAUUUAUAUCAAUGAAUAAUACAGAUCUUAGGUUCGUGGGUCUGUUUAUAAAGUUUAUAUUCACCGUGGUUUGUUGUAGUUAUUAUUUUUUCUUGAAAUAUGUAUAACUCAGAAGUCUAACUAUCUAUAAUUACCACUAGAGGCACUACUGGAGCUUAACCUCUCUCUCAUAUGCCAUAUAAGACAUAAUAAUAAGAAAAUAUAUUAUGUCUUUUUUAACGUUGAUAAGUCUGCGUUUGGCGUAGAUCUGCGUUCCAUACCAUAUGUUAAGCUCUCUUAAUAAAAAAUCUAUUUGAAAAUAUCAGGCCUUUGGGCAGUUAAAACAAUAAGUUAAUGAACAGGAUCUUAUGCCCCAGUAGCGCCAUCUACAUAGCUAACAACUACUGUUUGAUAUUAUAUUUUCUUGUAUUAAUUCCUCAGUCUACUUACAUAGCUUUUUGUUUUGGUAAAAACAAAUUAAGACAAUAUUUAUUUUAUAGUUUAUUAAAAUCACGGUGAUUAUUUAUAUUUAUGUACUUUUUAUGUAAACAAGAGUUCAAUGAUCCCAACCUCAUUAUUAUAAUCUCGGGGUGCAUGAUCGAUGUAUUCGCAAAAAGAACAGAGUAACAUGACCAAACCUACCCUUUAUUAAAAAAAAAACUUUUAAACAAUACAUAAUUCUCUUAAUAAAGAAAUAGUUAACAUGUAUACCUCUACAAAGAAAAAUGUGCCAUAAACCGUACAAAAUAAGGACAAUUUUUAGUUAUAUCGCUCUUUUACUUAUUCUCUUAAUUUUCAAAUUAUUGAUUAUGCACCCCGAUCGGUGACGGCUGGAUAAACAUACAAAGCAGACAUUGUUAGAAGUAUUUACUCAAAUUGUGAUAUUUAUGUAUUUAUCAAUCGAAUACCUAUCUAGACUUUUUAUAAAUAAUAGUAAACGUUAUUAAAUGUCUGAAAUGAUUUAAAAUGCUUUGAAAAAGUGGGUGAUGUCAGCUAAAUUCAUAUCGCUAAAUCCGUAAUAUGAUCUAAGACUUCACUUUAAGAAGACUAAAUAUAUUUAUAUAGAAUAGAAUCAGGCGUUACUUUGCGGAAAUCCAUGCUACACUAAUGCUGGGGCCACACUAAUGGAAUAUGCCAUUGAUUUUGAAAACAAAUGAACGAUUAUGAACUUUAAAUGUUCGUACAAACAUCAAUUAUUUAUCGCUAUAAUCAAAUGGCAUAUUCCAUUAGUGUGGCCCCAGCAUAACAAUACAAUAGAUUUUUAGUUUUCGUUCCGCUUAUAAAUGUAAUUUCAGCAUGCGGUGUGCAGUACCGCCCGUAUUAAAUGCUCAUGCAGCAGAAGUGCAACACAAAACACACACACGAGAUGCAACAAACCAAUCGACAUAUGUUUCGCUCAUCCACGGAACAUCUUCAGGUGUUGAUUUGAGAUCCAUAAGCGGAAUGAAAAGUAAAAGUCUAUUGUAUUGUUAGUGAAGAUUAAAUAAGUAUAGCCAGUAUUCGUAUUAAGGUAAGCAUCCACAGGUCCGCAUUGUACGCAUCGUACGCAUUCCGUAUGACGUCAUCGGUACGGAUCGCAUGUAGGCAUUGCCGAUGAUGCGGUCCGUACGAUGCGGAUCAGUGAACACAGUUGUAUGAGUUUCUAUGCAAGACAAACUAAAAUCUGUUGCGUGCGAUACGUACGAUGCACGCCUGUGGACGCGUACAUUUAAUAGGAAACGCCGUAUUUUAUAGUCGUUGUUGACGUAACUUUGAAGAUUAUGAACCUUUGUCCACAAAAGUUAGAGUGUAAAUUAAAUUGUCAACAUUAUUAUCACCUUGGCCCGUCAAUUGUUAAAUAUUAUGAUUUUAUGGUAGUAUGUAUUAAUGUAUUGAACACUAUUUUAUAUACAUGUCCUUGUUCACCAUACUCGAUUUAUUGCAUUUGCUAACGAGAUAUAGUACGACUGUAUGUUCGGUUGGAACCAUGGAGGAACAUAAUUCUAAUAAAUAUAGUGAAUUUAACAUUGUUUAAGUAGUCGAGAGUCGCGGCCGAACACAUUCCUGCCUUGCUCCAAACUUAAGCAAGCUCAGCAUUUAUAUAAGCAAAUAUCUAUAUAGAGAAUAAUUUAGGACUUAUUAUAGUGAUAUGAAUCGUUCCUAGCCCUAAUUUAAAAUUGGACAAAAAGCUGUGAUGCGAUGUUUCUUUUAAAGUAUUAUUGUUAAUUAAACUAAUAAGCAAUAAUAGACUUGUAAUCGCGACGACAUUUGUAAGCAAUAAUUUAAUUAUUAUGCAAUUAUAAUGGACUGUAAUCUCACUUUAAAUAUUAUGUCUUAAUUAAGUAUUAAUGUAUGAGAUCCCUAGUGUUUUGGUUAAUUUCUAAAAUUGGCCGUGAAUUUAUUUAUUAUUAAUGUAGUUCGCAAUUUAAACCCGAUUUCACGGAUGUUGUAGCGAAUGUCUCCUAGGGGAUCUGGUCAUAUCGUGUUACUUGUAAUCAGUGUAAUUUAUCGUGAUAAUGAAUGAAUAAAAUAUAAUUUUCA